AAAAAAGAAAAAAAAGCCAAGCAACCAACCAAAAAACAAGCAGGAAAGGUGUGCGAAGCACGGCACGAGAAACUCUUCGGUGACCUGAGAACUAAGAGGGGAACAACGACACAAACAAAUUUUAGACAUAAAGAUUUAGGGCUGUAAGAGUGCGGGUGAGAGGUCGGGGGAAGCUUUGUCCCAGACAGGGUCAGGAGUGCCAAGAUUGCCUGUGGGAGAGCGGAGCACAGUCGCAGCGAGGACUGUCCGUGCUCAGGGGCACGAACGAGCCCCUUCUGGGCACCGGGGUGGGCAGGACUCCCUCAGCCCCCGCGAUGGCGCCUCUGCACGGGCAGGGCGGCGGUGCAGGGCGGCGGUGCAGGGUGGCGGGGCCGGGUGGCCUCGCCCCGCCCGCGGCCCCGGCCCCGCGGACACGCCCGGCCCGGCCCGGCCCUAGGACCGGCCAUGGGCUCGCCCGGAGCCCGGCUCGGCGCCUGCGCGGAGCGCCGCGGCCGAGCCCCCGAGCCCCAUGGAGAGCACCGAGCCCGAGCCGAGCGACAGCCGCCCGCAGGAGGAGGAGGAAGAGGAGGAGGAGGAGGAGGAGGAAGAAGAAGAGGAGGAAGAAGAGGACGGCGCCCUCCCGGCCCCGGAGCAGCCCCUGGCCGCGAUGGAAGACUGUUUGGCAAAGAAAAUGGAAAUCACGGUUUCAGAAGCUGAAAAGCGGACUGGGAGGAAUGCCAUGAACAUCCAAGAAACAUACACUGCUUACCUCAUUGAGACUAGAGCUGUUGAGUCCCAGAGUGAGGGACAGUGUGCCCCAGUGGAGUCCCUGUGGCGACGUUACAGCGAAUUUGAGUUGUUGAGGAAUUAUUUGUCAGUCACCUACCCACAUAUUGUUGUUCCACCUUUGCCAGAGAAAAGGGCUGACUUUGUUUGGCAUAAGCUAUCAGCAGAUAAUAUGGAUCCAGAUUUCGUGGAAAGAAGAAGAAUUGGUCUGGAAAACUUCUUGUUGCGUGUGGCUUCACAUCCUGUUCUUUGCCAAGACAAAAUCUUUUAUGCAUUUUUAAUGCAGGAAGGUGGAUGGAAAGAAAUGGUGAAUGAGACUGGAUUUCAGUUGAAGGCAGAUUCCAGAUUAAAAGCUCUUAAUGCAACAUUCAGAGUGAAAAACCCAGACAAGAGAUUUACUGAGCUAAAACACUACAGCGAUGAACUGCAGUCUGUCAUAUCACACCUUCUGCGAGUCAGAGCUAGGGUAGCAGACCGGCUUUACGGUGUCUAUAAAGUCCAUGGCAACUACGGAAGAGUAUUCAGUGAGUGGAGUGCAAUAGAGAAGGAGAUGGGGGAUGGGUUGCAGAGUGCUGGCCACCACAUGGAUGUAUACGCAGCUUCUAUUGAUGACAUACUGGAAGAAGAGGAGCACUAUGCAGAUCAGCUGAAGGAAUAUCUCUUCUAUGCAGAAGCACUGCGGGCAGUUUGCAGGAAGCAUGAACUAAUGCAAUAUGAUUUGGAAAUGGCUGCACAGGACUUAACAUCUAAGAAACAGCAGUGUGAGGAGCUGGCAACAGGAACUGUGAGAACCUUCUCACUGAAGGGGAUGACCAGCAAGCUCUUUGGGCAAGAAACCCCUGAGCAGAGGGAAGCCAAGAUAAAGAUUCUAGAAGAGCAGAUACAGGAAGGAGAGGAGCAACUGAAGUCUAAAAAUCUGGAGGGCAGAGACUUUGUGAAAAGUGCCUGGGCUGACAUUGAACGGUUUAAAGAGCAGAAGAACCAUGAUUUGAAGGAGGCACUUAUAAGCUAUGCUGUUAUGCAGAUUAGCAUGUGCAAAAAGGGAAUUCAAGUUUGGACAAAUGCAAAGGAAUGCUUCAGCAAGAUGUGACUAUCUGGAAAUGAAUUCGUCCUCCAAGUGCCAGAGAACGGAAGCACAGUGUAUAACACCAAUGUUAUGUUGCUACAUGACUUACAUACAAAUCAUGAAAUAAAUGUAAUUGUUAAUAAAGGAUGAAAAGGACAUGUUGUUAAAUGUUCAGCCCCGACUGCCACUUCUGUGGCAUGUUUUAUAUGUGAUAGCAAAUAAUGCAGGGGUAAAAGAGUUACUGAAAACUACAGCUCUGUAUUGGUACAAAGGUAUUGGGAAAGUUAUCCCAGAAAGUAUGAACUACACUGUUCAGAGACUUGUGAAACACCAUGCUCUGUAAUGUGUAGAUCACUUCCAGAUGCCCUCCUUUCCAACCCUUGCUGUUUAGAAUUUUUAAUGCUCAGGGUUGCUUUGGUUUUAUGAUGGGGCACACAGUUGUGUUCUCGAGGUCUACACCAUAAGAGGACAAAAAAAUGAGAUAUUGUAAUGUCUAGAGUUCAUAUUUAAAUGCCUUUGCAUGUCCAUAGAGAAAUAUGUUUUUCCAGAGUUCAGGUUAAGCAGUCUCAAACUCCUGAGAUGUUUGAAACUCUCUACAGUAGAGGUGUUGUACAGUGGUUUGAUAACAAUAUUCUGCAUUUACUGAUUCCCACUUCAGUUUUGAUACGGGCACUGAUUUCUUACGUAACUUCUUCCUGCAAGUAAAGGAAACUGGUGAUCCAGCUGAGCAGAAAAACCAAAGUCAAAGCUGGUAAGAAGCAGAUGCAACUUCUCUUUGGUUGUUUGGAACCUGUUUACACUUACUGUGAAUCUGGCCUGUGGCACCUUGUAACUGAAGUGGUUUGGUUCUUAAACAAAUAGUUCUUAAUGAAGGUGCUGAAAUAAUAAACCUGGUGCAGCUUCUGUCAUACUUCAGAGCAGUGAUGUGCAGAACCCACAAUGAGCCAAGGUGUCUGUUUGGCCCUUGUAAUGUUUCAGUGUGUGUGAGUGUGUGUGUACGUGUGUAUGUAUAUACACACCUGUAUAACAUAAUUUGGAGAUACAGGAUUUGCAUUAAAUGUUUCCAAUUAUGAAAAUCCCUUACCACUGUCUAAUAUUAGGCUUUUUCUACAUCCUUACUGAAAGUUCCUGAAGUCUUGUGGAAUUUGUCAGACUUGGUUUCUAGUCCUGAAGGAAGCUUUGUAAUAAUCUGUUGAAAAGUGUAUUUAAUUAUUUUGGAUUAUAACACUAUUCAGAUUUUUUUUAAGAGAUACUCAGAAAGUCCUUAAAUGUUCUUUUGAUAAAACUAUCUAAAUGUAUUUACUGGUAUGUCCCAUGUUACUUUUGUCUCUUCAACCUUUCUUUUCUAUAAAACCAUUGUAUGUAAAGAAUGCAUAGGUCUGGUGCACACUACAUCUUAAAACUCUGAAGUAAAGUGCUGGACUCUGAUAACCUGCGUUGGCUUUUUGAAAGCAUGUGACAGUGACAUGCCUGGCUGAGAGAUUAUGUUGGGCACAAAGAGGUCUCUUCCUUUAAUAUCUACAAGGAGAAACAUUGUUCCAUCCAGAGGUUGCAGUAUCCAGUUCUGAUACAGGCUGAAGGACUCUCACAUUCCAAAUCAAGAAGUUGCACACUUGAUGUAUUCAGUAAAUCAUCUAAGAGUGGUGCCUUAAUACAAUACCAUGAGGCGCUCAGAGUAGGUAUUUUUCAUGCACUUUGAUUUUUGGUAGAUCUUUCUGGUGCCUCUUUCCACAUGUCACUUGCUGUACAGCUCAUUAAAUGUAUUAGUAUGCCUUUUUUUUCCUUGCUAGUUGUACUAAAAUUUAAGAAGGGAACAAAACAGUUCUUGUAAGUUUUGUGCCAAAUAAGAUAAAUAAAAUUGCUCUUUGAUA